AUGCUCGGCAUUGUUCACGGCAAGUGUUUCUGGCAAAGCCAAGUGGUCGCUAUACACACUGCGACGUCGUUCGCAGCGACAACGAGGUCUUCCACUGCGUUGAAAAAGAUCACAAACAAACGUCGAGUGAGCUCGACGACUGCCGAAGCUGAGACGCGCCUCCAUAAAAAUGUUGCCAGCCACGCCAUGUCUGGCUUUGCUGCCAUGCGGACACCCCUCGUCAACAAAGGACAAGCUUUCACCGAGGAGGAACGCGCGGCAUUCCGACUCCGCGGACUCUUACCUGACGCAGUCAAUUCAAUGGAGCUCGAGACGGAGCGCGCGAUGAAGCAACUGCGAUGCAAGAGCACCGCUCUGGAAAAGUACAUAUAUCUGCAGAACACGCAGGAGAUCAAUGAGCAAGUGUACCACCGCAUGCUCAUGGAGAACCUUGUCGAGCUCUUGCCGAUAGUGUACACGCCGACAGUCGGUCAAGCUUGCCAGGAGUUUAGUCGCAUUUAUCGCCCCACGCCUCGAGGGGUGUACAUCUCGAUGAACGACAUUGGCCAUGUCGCUGAGAUCCUGGACAAUUGGCCGGAGAAGGACAUCCGAGCUAUUUGCUUUACAGACGGCGAGCGGGUCCUCGGACUGGGUGAUCAGGGUGUCAAUGGCAUGGGCAUUCCGAUUGGAAAGCUCGCGCUGUACACAGCGUGCGCCGGUGUACCGCCUCACAUGUGCCUCCCAGUUGUGCUUGACUGCGGCACGAACAACGAAGAGCACUUAGCUGACCCUUUCUACAUUGGUCUGCGUCAGAAGCGCGUGCGGGGUAAGAAGUUCGAGCAGCUUGUCGAGGAGUUUAUGAACGCGGCAAAGGCCAAGUACGGAGACAAAGUGCUGCUGCAGUUCGAAGACUUUGGCAACUCCACAGCGUUCCCGUUGCUGCGGAAGUACCAGCACACGCACUGCACGUUCAACGACGACAUCCAGGGCACUGCCUCUGUAGUGCUGGCCGGACUGCUCGCCGCUGUCCCGCUCACGGGCAAGUCGAUCUCGGAGCAAAACGUCGUUUUUCUCGGUGCUGGGACUGCUGGCACAGGUAUCGCCGACUUGAUCUCGUUGGCCAUCUCUCGUGAGACUGGCAAGACAAUGGAAGAGUCGCGCAAGCAGAUUUGGCUCGUGGACUCUCGUGGCCUUGUUGUAGAGUCCCGAGUUGGGCCUCUCGAGUCGCACAAACUGCCGUACGCGCACGAUGCACCAAUCAACAAGCGUCCGGUCAUCUUUGCGCUGAGCAACCCCACGUCCAAGUCUGAGUGCACAGCAGAGGAGGCCUACACGUUUACGGACGGCAAGUGCGUAUUCGCCAGCGGCAGCCCAUUUGACCCCGUGAACAUCAAUGGCAAGCUGUGCGUUCCCGGACAGGGCAACAAUGCCUAUGUUUUCCCUGGUCUUGGACUGGGCGUGGUUGCUGCCGGUUUGACUCACGUGGACGAUGAAGUCAUGAUCAUCGCGGCUGAAACACUCGCUAGUCUGGUCACGUCCUCGGACCUGGAGACUGGCUGCGUCUACCCACCGCUGUCUCGCAUCCGGGAAGUGUCGCUCAAGAUUGCGGAGGCUACUGCCGAAUAUGGUUUCAAGCGAGGUCUCGCCACCGUGUCGAAGCCUGACGACAUAGUGCAAUACUUGCGGGACUUUACGUACAAACCCUAG